AUGAGUUCGCUCGCUCAAACGGGUUUUGAUUGUCCAAGAAGUCUGAGUCAGAGUGACGAUAGAAGGAGACUGUUUCUCGACUUUCAUAAUGAACUUCGUCGGAAGAUAGCUCUUGGAAGGCAACCAAACAACCGAGGAUUUCUCGGACCAGCCAGAAACAUGUACGAAUUGACAUGGAGUUGUAGUUUGGAACAAAUAGCAGCGGAUCAGAUCUCAUCGUGCACUCUUUCUCCACGAUCCGAUUUCGCUCAAAACAAUAUCAAAGUGACACAUAUCAAAUAUCGAGAGGUCGCUGUUUUGCUACUCGCUCUGAAGUUUUGGGCAAAUCAAGUGAAAUUAUUUGGAGUGGAUACCUCAAACAACGGUUUCAAGUACACGAUUGAAGCCUUUGCUAAUAUGGCUAAUUCGAGAACUCUACAGCUCGGUUGUGCUUACAAACUCUGCGGUUCUUCCAUGGUUGUGUCGUGUGUUUACAACAGCAAGUAA